AUGUCAAAAUGUGAGCAGACCUUAAAGAAAAAUCAGAAGCAAAUAAAUUGUAAGUCUUGCUUUGAUCUUCUCCACGUAAAAUGCGUUUGCCUAUCAAAUGAUAUCACGACCACUCAAAAUAAUUUCAAACGUACCUGAUGCUUGUGGACUGAGUUGAUUUUCCAUGCACAUCACGAUUUUUAUUAUAAGGAUCAUGAGCUGUUUUCUAGCAGUGAAAACCCUUCUAACAUCUCAGCAACACUGGAUCCUGGCCCAGACGAGCACUUGCAAUCUCUCAUCAUGAGACCGAAACACCUAAAGGUGAUGCACCUCAAUACAAAAAGCAUGGUUUCAGCAUUUGAUGAACUCCUUCUAAAAAUAAAGCAAUAUCCGUUUGACGUGAUAAGCAUGAGUGAAACCUGGCUAAAGGAAAACCCUCUUUUACUGAAACAUGUGACCAUACUGGGCUAUAAUUGCGAAUUUAGAAGCCGUAAUUCCAUCAGAGGUGGAGGUGUGGGAGCUUACAUAAAGGAAACUCCGACCUAUAAACGUAGAAGUGACAUCGAGGCUAAAGAACUCGACCUUGAACAUCUGUGGCUUGAAUUUCCCGGUAGAAAUAAACAUAGCAAGCUUUUUGUAGGAACAAUGUAUCGUGCGGAAGGAAUGCUAACCUCAACGGAAUGGCUGGGAUGGUCUUCUAGUUGUGACAGGAGACAUCAACAUAGAUUUACUCAGACCAAAUAAACCUAUAACUAGCCAAUAUCAAGACAUAUUAUCUUCACUAAACUUACAUCAACAUGUACAUAAACCAACCAGGAAAACAGACAAGACGAGCACACAUCGAUCAUAUAAUCUCCAACUUUCUAGAAAGUAUUCCGCACACAGAUGUUCUUCCAUGUCCACCAGUCAGCGAUCACGACGCCGUCUACGCAACUAUUAACACCAAAGUUACCAGACUCCAAAUAAGGCACAAAUUCAUCAGAAAUUUGAAGAACUUUGAUGAAUCUUCUUUCAUUGAAGACUUUGAAACACUACCAUUUGCAGCCUCCUUUGCAGUCUCCGAUCCGGAUGAAAAGCUCGAAAUAUUAAGUUCAUUGCUCUAG